GUUACUUCUGAUAUCCAAAUUCACAUAAAAUCCAACGUUUUAUUUUCCAAGACGCCUUUUCGAGCUUUGUGUCGUUUCACGUGGGUAGCAAGAUUUCUGACGGCCCCUGAAGGCACCGCGAGGACGCGCUGCCCCCAGCGGGUCCGCCGGUCAGCGCUCGUGAAACUUCUCCGGAUUGUGCGCAUCUUGUAACGCCGAGAUGGAUGCCCUGAAGUCGGCCGGGAAAGCCAUGAUCCGAAGACCCAGUGUGGCUAAACAAUCCUGGACUGCCAGAAGACACAAAAAGCUUCCAGAGAACUGGACGGACACAAGAGAGACCAUCUUGGAGGGGAUGACCUUUAGCCUCCGUCACCUCGGAAUGACCUUAGUGGACCAGCCCAAAGGCGAGGAACUGGCAGCCGCCGCGGUGAAGAGGAUCGUUGCCACAGGAAAAAUCUGCGGGAAGAAAGCGCAGAAAGUCUACCUCAAAGUGACUCCACAAGGCAUCGCCCUCUAUGACAGUUGCACCAACAACUUCCUGGAAAACAUCUCCAUAUACAGGAUAUCCUACUGCGCGGUGGACAAAGUGCACGACAGAGUGUUUGCAUUUAUCGCCCAAAACACCCUCAACGGGACCUUGGAGUGCCACGCCUACCUGUGCUCCAAGAGGAAAGAGGCGCAGGCGGUAGCCCUGACAGUAGCGCAGGCCUUUGGAGUAGCUUUUGAACUGUGGCAAGUCACCCGAGAAAAGAAAGGAGGGCGAGUCCAGUCAGGUUCAAGCGACGGGCUCGGCGGCGGCUCCGCUUCCGAGAGAUCCCCCGGCCCCCAAGACGUUGCCGCGGUCGACCUGUUGGACGCUGAGACGAAUGAGAACGUCGAUCAAAUGGACAACAACGGGACAUCUGAGAGGAACGAUAAUCCAGCCUGGGCACUAGAAGAUGACUUGGACGAAGCCUUCUCCAGCUGUGCUGCGGACAGCUCGGGUUCACUUCCAGACUGGCCGAGUCACGUACUCACUCCCAGAUCUUGGACGUUGGGCUGAUGCCCCAACGCUGACUGUUUGAACCUGCCUGGGACGGCUCCAAAUGGCGACCCCCCCCCCCCCCAAAUCCCCCAAAAUGCCCUCUUUGGGAAUGACUUCCUCAGCAUUUCGACAAAGUGCCGCUUCACAUGGAUGCACAGUGACUUCACGAGCUACUGCGAAUUUUGCUCUAUUUAUGUGUGCAUGGGAUGAUGACAAAAAAAAUCAAUCAAUGAAUCACCAAAGUCAUAAGAACUAACUAACUGAAGCGUCCCAACACACGCACACACACACACUACACACACACACACACACUACACACUAUAGUUUAUGUUAGAGAUGGAUUUGGGCCGAAGCAGAAAAGCAGCGGCUAGGUGAGUUUUUCAGCAAAUAUAGACGGAUAGGUUCCCAAAUGCCAGGCUGCAAAUAUACAAGGUUCCCUGUUUUUUGGAGUAUUUUUUAAUGUGAUUGUGACUAAAUUAUACCGACUGAUUUGAAAUAAUAAAAGUCGUUCUGAAAAAAAAGGUGUCAUUUGAGCAAUUCUGUCAAUAAUCUGACCCUGUACGAGUGCAUACAUUUUAAAUGUUUUUUAUUAUGAACUGCAAGUGGAUGGGUGUCUAUUUUUUCCCCCUCGGUCUUCUUCUAUCUACAAUUAGUUGUUUUUAUUUGAUAGUUUUUGUGACGUGCUUUAAGCUCUACAAAUUAAUAAAAAAAAUCAUUAUUAUUGGCACAUGAUGUACUCGAUUGUGGCCGAAAGUCACGUGAUCGGCCUCACACUUGCUCGCUCUCGGCGAAUCGGUGUGUCAGGGACAUUGCGUCCCACUCUGCUUACUUAACCAAGCUGCAUUAUUAAACAGGCCUCCCUCACGCUUGGUUUCACGGAAGCACGCAGAGAAGACCAGAGAGGGACUAGGAAGACCAAAAGAGCACUUUUACUCUCAAUAGUAUGGAAAAAUGCUUCCAGCUGGAACUGUGUGGUGCAUUUAGGACGCAAAGGUCAAGUGAGAACCGGCUUUCCAAAAUGGCCCCAAGGCAGUUUUGUGUCUCUCGGUGAUUUUGUUUGUUUCAGUUUGUCCUUAUUAUUUUUUGCCAGAGGGACGCUGUAUAUCAUGGGUCCCCGACCUUUUUUGUGUCACGGACUAGUUGAGACAAGUACACGCUGUUUGCGGAUCGGCAACCUUUUUUUUUUUUAAAUCACUUUUGAAGCACUGGUUCUGACAUCAAAGAUAAUUCAACAUUUUAAAAACGAUUUUUCUUCAUUCCUAUCAAACACGUUUUCUGACAUUAAAACAAAUCUUAUAAAAAUAACACCGUCAACUACUAAGAAAUGGACCAAUCACAAAUCAUGAAUACGCCUUAUCAUGUCAACAAUAUCAUUUUUAAGUGAUGAUCCCACAUAUGCCGUAGGCAUCAUCGCUCCUUACAAACGUGGAUGAUCAAAAGAUGACACAAUUCACUUUUAUCAGGUGGUUGCCAGAUAGUUAUAAGCAAUCAUAAGAAUUAGCCAAACGAUAGUCUAACAAGGCGUGGUUGGGGACCACACGCGAGGAACUCACGCACCCAAAAAUUCUUAUCAAUAUGCAAAAAUGGUACAUGAAAAAUAUUUAUUUCUUGAUCAUGUCGUACAGUACAUACUUGUGACAUUCACAUUUUCUUGGAAAAUAGGAUGGGCGUAUUAUUUCAUUUCCUCACCUGACAAUGGAGAAAAUUAACUAAAAAAAAAUGAUUGAAGUUGAUGUCGAUAUGUUUAUUUCACGAGCGUGUUUGGCAAUCGUG